AUGAAAUAAUUUUUAAAUAAAUAAUUAUGCAUAUUCAAACCAGGAGAAGUAAUAUUAGAAAAGUAUUUCUCUCCAAAUAUACUAAAUCAUAGUUAUAAUCAAUAUACAACUCUAAUAAGCGUAUUAGAUAAAUCAAUUAAGAAAGUUAAGGAUAAGGAUAUUUUUAUUGAAUAAUCCAAAAAAUAAAUAAACUAAACACAAAAUAAUGAAUAGCAAGUAAGUCAGAAAAUCUAUAUUUAAGGGUUUUAUAACAAUGCUUUUAAAUAUUGAAGAGACAUUAGGUGAAAAUGGGAUUCAAUAUUUAAGCAGAGUUUAAGAACACUUAGAAAAAUUAAAAAUUGAAUAUCCAAAUUUGAAAAAAUUACUUAAUAUAAUGUUUAAUUAAAAUAAUGAUGAGCCAAUAGCAUAAAAAAAUAAUUAAGGAUAAAAAGUAAAUUUUAUUAAUAUAUAUAAGUAAUUAGAAGUAGACGAAUUAGAAGGAUUGAGAAAUUAAAAUAAAACUUUAAAAUUAAAAAAGAUGUAAAAAAAUUAUUAAUUUUUAGGAGGUUAUAACAAAAAUUUGGUGAAGCAAUUAAAAAAAUAAACGAAUUAGAGAUUUUGUACAAGUAAAUAAUUCAUGUAUGUAAGUAAGAGAGCAACAAUAAAAGAAUUAAAGUAAUGAAAAAUAGAUUGAAGAAAAUAAUUGUGAAAUUAUUAACAAAAAUAAUGAGAUUAAAAAUUUAAAGUAGAAUAUUGAAGAAUUUCAAACAUAAGUGAAAAAAAAGGAUGAAAUAUUUUAAUAAACCUUAGAAGAAGCUAAAAAAAUAAGUGCUCAUGCAUUAUAAGAGAUUGCAUAAAAAUUAGAAAUAAGACAUGAUCAAAUAAUUCAAGUUGAAAAAAUACACAGUGAUUAACUAUAAUAAAUAAAUGAAAAAGAGAAAGGUAUUAAAGAGGAAAAUUCUGAAUUAAACUAAACUAUCGAUGAAUAUUUAUUAAUGUUUAAAUAAAAUCCUUAAUCUUAAGAACUUGAAAGAAAAAUACACUCAAUAUUUUAAAGAUGUUAAAACUUGAAUGAUUUAAUUCAAAAUGCUAAAGUUUAAUUAGAAAAUUUCAUUGAUUUGAUUAAACAACCAUGGAGGGGUUUGCCAAAUAAAAACGAGUUGGAUUUAAAAUAAGUAUUAAAAAAAAAUUUGGAAUUGAUGUAGUUAUAUCAAAAAGUUUUUGAUAACUUUUAGAAAACAAUAGCAGUAAUAUUGGAAAAUUCUUGCAAAUAUCAUUCAAAUAAUGCAAUUUUGAAAGUAAAAAAAAAUAACUCAAAUAUUUUUAUUUAUCUUCAAAAUGACAAUUAAUCAAAUAAACAUUACAAAUAAUUAUAUGCAAAUAUAAAGACUCAACAUAAUGAUACAAGUAUCGAUUUUACUAAGUUUAGCAUUGUUAAAAGAUAAUUAAUUAUAGACUAUAAAGGAUAAAAUUUUUGAUUUUAAAGAGAAAUUAGAUGGAUCCUGUUCUAGAUCAAAAUCUACGAUUAAAAUAAAAAAGCGAUAAAAGAGUCUAACUGAAUCUAAACAAUCAAUACAUAGAGAUUCUUAGAGCAAACCAUAUAUCGAUUAAAAUAAUUGA